ACGCAGCGUUAGCAGGCUAGCCGCCGUAGCACAGGCUAAUUUCGCUAGCGCUGGUGUACUCCAUUAGCUUGAUGAAUAACCUGUCUAGAGUGCGACUUAGGGAAAGUUUAACUAAACUUCUGCAGGCAGUCAAGGCUGGUUGAUGUCAGGACAGCUAAACAUAUAAACGACCCAGCUAACGUGACGUUAAGUAGCUUAACCCAGCAGUUUAUUACAUGAAUGGUGUAAGUGGCUGAGAGCUGUAUCGCUUUAACGUUAUUACAUGAACUCAGCUAGCUACAUGUUGAGUAUUGUCUGUUUCCUGCAUGUAAACACCGAAGCAGCAAGAUUUCACUUCUUCCGCCAGUUUUUCCCCGAGCUGCGAGGGGGGGUAUUCAGGUGAGAGUACACGGAAGUGACCGGCCAACCCGCCGCGUCACAGACCGUAAGGUGGGAGUCAAAGUCCAGUCCCGGCUUACUUAUCAAUUUCCUAUUAUGUAUUGUACCUGAGACGCCCACUCUCUGCGGGCACUGGAGCUGCGUGGUGCUUUCCAGAACGGCCGCAUUCCUUGUGAUGCAGACAUAGAGAGGCUGACACUGAACGAGGGUUACAUCAACGGGACACAUCACUUCAGGAUGGAGCCUGGUCAGGUGAUGCAGGAGACAUACACAGUGGAGGAGGACCCCCAGGAGUCGCAACCCGUUGUCUCUGUGGAGACCAGUGAAGAUGGGACCACGCGGCGCACAGAAACCACAGUAAAGAAAGUGGUGAAGACCACCCACACUCGCACAGUCAUCCCCUCCGUAUCAGACACACUUUCCCUGGAUGGUGGGGGUUCAGUGACAGGUAUGGGGGGCUACACUGCACCCAUGGUCUACAGGCAGGGGCCCGGAGCCGGUGUGCCCAUGGACUACCCCACUCACACUGUGCCCCGCAACUACCACUACGGACCACCAGCGGGCUACGACGACUACCGCACUGGACCCCCAUCUGAGACCUACGCAAGCCUUAGCAGGGGAGCUCGCAUGGAUGAUCGCUACAGACCGGUCCAUCCUGAUGGUUAUAGAACUCUGGAUCCAAGCUAUAGAGCCCACAGCAGGAACCAUCUCGACCCCUAUGCUGCUCAGCCACAGGUCGGACGUAUGGGAAGUGCCAUGGAGCUAUCCUCCAUCCCGAGGUUUGUCCCAGAGCCCUACGGUCUGGAAGACGAUCAGCGCAGCAUUGGUUAUGAUGAGCCUGACUAUGGCAUGGGACACCCAAUGCACUACAGCACCGUUCCCCGCAACCACAAUGCAUUCCUUCAUGGACCCCCACGCAGAACUGGGAGUUAUGAGGGUACCUUGGAUGGCGACAUGAGUGGUCCAGGGGACAUGUACUAUUGGGGGGGAGGUGCACCGCUGGCCCAGGGUGAAAGAGGGAGCAUGGCUUCGUUGGACAGCACUCUAAGGAAAGGCCCUGGUCCCAGUGGCUGGCGUCAGCCGGAGCUGCCAGAGGUUAUCGUCAUGCUCAACUACAGGCUGGACCCAGUCAAGAGCAAUGCAGCAGCAUACCUGCAGCAUCUCACCUAUAAGAAUGAUAAAGUGAAGUCUGAUGUGCGUCGUCUGAAAGGCAUCCCAGCGCUGGUCUCCAUGCUUGACAACCCAAACAAAGAGGUUCACUAUGCAGCUUGUGGAGCACUAAAGAACAUCUCCUAUGGCAAAGAUGCAGACAACAAGAUCGCCAUCAAGAACUGUGACGGAGUGCCUGCUCUGGUCAGGCUGCUGAGAAAGACCCGCGACCAGGACCUCACUGACACUAUCACAGGGACGCUGUGGAACUUAUCGUCCCACGACUCGGUGAAAAUGGAGAUUGUGGACCACGCGCUGCACGCCCUCUCCGACGAGGUGAUUGUACCUCAUUCGGGCUGGGAACGAGGCAGCAACGGAGCAGGAGGAGGGGAAGAGAACUGCAAGCCCAGGCAUCUUGAGUGGGAGACGGCCAUCACCAACACAGCCGGCUGCCUGAGAAAUGUGAGUUCAGAGCGAAGUGAGGCGAGGAGGAAGCUGAGGGAGUGCACGGGACUGGUCGAUUCGCUCAUGUACAUCGUCCAAUCCCAGAUUGACUGUAAAGAUGUUGACAAUAAGUUGAUAGAGAACAGCGUGUGUCUGCUGAGGAACUUGUCCUAUCAGGUGCAUCGUGAAAUCCCCGGCUAUGAGCGCUACCAGGAGGCCGCGCCCCUCAACCAGGGCCCUGCCCCCUCCAGCCAGAAGGGCGGCUGCUUCAGCUCCCGCAAGAGCAAAGAUGAGUGGUUUUCCAAAGGUAGGAAAGAUGACGAUGCAACAACAGAUAUCAUCGACAUUCCAAAGAGGACCUCACCUGCUAAAGGCUAUGAGCUGUUGUACCAGCCAGAGGUGGUCCGCAUCUACACCUCUCUGCUAAAGGAGUCCAAGAACCCCACCGUGCUGGAAGCCUCGGCCGGAGCCGUGCAGAACCUGUGUGCCGGACGCUGGACUUAUGGGCGAUACAUCCGUGCCUUGCUGCGCCAGGAGAAGGGUCUACCCAUGCUGACAGAGCUGCUGGCCCACGGCAACGACCGCGUCGUCCGUGCCAUGUCUGGAGCCCUCCGCAACCUGGCCAUUGACGCACGCAACAGAGAUCUACUAGGUAGACAUGCGGUGCCUCACCUGGUGGCCAACCUGCCCGGCGGUGGUCAGAGUCAGCCGGUGCGAGCGCUGUCGGAAGAGACGGUGGUGUCGGUACUGAGCACACUCCAUGAGGUGCUGGGCUCCAGCCUGGAAGCAGCCAAGACCCUCAGGGCCUCACAGGGAAUCGAGAGACUGGUGCUCAUUAAUAAGGACGGCAACCGCUCUGAGCGGGAGGUGCGUGGGGCUGGCCUGGUGCUGCAGACAGUGUGGGGCUACAAGGAGCUGCGGCGCACUUUGGAGAAGGAUGGCUGGAAGAAGACAGACUUCAUGGUCAACCUAAACCCUCCCAGCAACAACACCAGGGCCAACGGAGGAUAUGAGGACAGCACUCUGCCGCUCAUAGGGGGCAAAGGGGACCGGGACAUGAUUCCAAUGAAUGACAUGGGACCAGAUGCCUACUCCACACUGGACCAGAGAGGGAGAAGGAACACUCUGGAUAACACACUCGAACCUGCUGACAAAGAUGCAGUACAGGGAGGGAUGUAUGGGGAGAGGCAGGCCUCUUUGCCUCUAAUGGAUUCUUACGAUGAAAAACUGAUUGUGUGCAUUACAAGACGACAGCCUCCUCCCACCUACUGCCCUUGCUGAACUGACAAUGGGGGACCACUACACUACCGAUGGGACUAAACUCCAUCCUUAACUCUUCUGUCUCUCUUCACUCCAUUGCAGCUUCUCGUCUCUCUCUUUGUCUUUAUUACAUUCCCCCAUUGCAGCUGACAAACUAUUGAAACCACAUGGAAAAACUGACGUGAAUCUCCGCUCCCUGUGGACAAACCGGACGAGACACUAUGACCACUUUGUGCUCUGCGAGUCCCUGAGCUCCAAAAACACUAACCACUCAAUCGGAUGCCGUGGCCACAACACUACAUCUCCAUGCAACAAUGCUACAACUUGCCUGGACAACACUAAUUCUCCCUGCGACAAAAAAAGCAGAUACUGUGGCUUCAUCUGAGAACUUUUCUAUGUCUUGGAGGUCGGAGCGUAGACUUAGACUAAUUAGAAAGAACUGUGGGGAUCAGAACAGGACACUUUUUGGGGAAAUUUUACAUAAAUGGAUAUUACACUAUGUUUCGAAGAAACUGAGGGAAUGUGUCUUUUUCUCUCUCUCUCUGUUAGUUAAAUACUACAAAAAAUAUCUUUCCUACCACUGAUGUUUCACGAUCUAAUCAGAUUUGUUGUUUUGGUAGUGGUAAUUCCUCUUCUUGCUUUGCUCUGUACCACAGUAAUGCACAUGUGCCAAAUGACACUGCUACUGUUGCGACUGCCAAUAUUGAAUGCAAGAACUUCACACUUUUUGCAGCAGCUACACUGAAAAACUCAUCAUCUGCUUUGUUUUGUGCGCAGUUUGUGUCGGUGACAGUCCAUCGCCAAGAUGCAUGGGGAUGCUGCAUUUUCUGUAUUUGAUUGUAAACCAUAGAUAUAAGAGUGGAGGUCCAAGUAUGGAGAAUUCCUACAGACAGAACUAGAGAGACAUUAUUUUCUAUCUCAUUGGAAUAGACAGUAUAGUCUGUUCUACAUUUCUAAAGUGUUUCUGUUAAAUGUAGGCCCCUUAACUUUGUAAUUAUUGGGAGGUUUCACAGGAUUCCAUGGGCGCAUUACCCUUAUGUGUCUGUAAUCUUAUGAAUGUGUACAUACAAGUGUCUAAGAGCAUCUGUGUGGGCUAACUGGAGUGCCUCGCUCAUUCAGGAUAGGUCUGAUGGGUUUGUCCAACAUGACAAGGGUUAACCAAUCAAGGUGUGUUUUUCUCAGCAGUUGGGAAUACUGUAUAUGGAACUCAGCAGUUAUAUUCUGCAAGAUAAUGGAAUAUGUGAACUUGUAUGUAUGUAAGAGUUGAUUCUUGUCAUUGGGAUUGGUUUUUUACAAGGUAUAAAACCUGUGAGUUCUGUUUAAUUUACUGCUAUCCCUUGCCUACCUGGCUUUAAGACUACAGAAUAGUACAUGGGAAAAGACACAAUAUUGUCUGUUUUUGCCCGCAUUUCUUACGUACAGUGCUUGUUCUGUAGAAGAAUGCAUAUUCUUAGUGCCGAGUGAGAUGUAGAUACUUACUGAGUGGAUGAUUAAAAGAAGCACUAGGGGGGUAUAAUGUGUGUUUUUCUUUUUUUCCUCCUGUUUUUAUUUUUAUUUUUUUUACCUUUCCUUUUAUUUGUUUUCCAUGCCAAUUGAAACACUACAGAGGAUGCCUCGUUUUCUCAAAGUAACAAGUUGCCUUCAAGAGUGGACUGACUAAAAGAGGGGAAUAGAGGAGAGCAAGGGUUUGUGUCAGAAAAUCUGUGUAAGGAGGCAUAGACCAGAAUCUGCUAUUGGAUUAAGUGGAUAAAAAAAAUAAAAGCACAUUUAAACUAUAUAUACAAGAGAAUAUUUGUUAAUUUUAAUGGUUUUAUGUAUUUCUUUUUUAUAUUGAUUUGGGUUUAAUUGUUUUGGGUGCUCUGGGUGAAAGCAUAUGCAAUCAGUUUAUAUGUUUUGAUUGAAAACAUUCAAUUUAUGUCUUAAUUAAAUGCAAAAUAAGUUAGCUAAACAAAAUCCUCCAACACAGUCAUCAGAUACUGGAACACUAAUGGAAAAAUCUGAUUCUGGACUACACCAUAAUCUCUUUGCCUUGGCUCUUAAAGUUGCACAUUCUCAUUUAUGAAUGAAUUAUGUAACUAGCAAUACUGUUUUUAAUAAAAAAGAAAAUGAUUUCUCAGA